CCUCAACUAGAAAGAUAAUGAACUAUGAACAAGUUACGGAGUCGGAAAGACAUGAUCUUCGGGUAACUUAGCAAAAUCUCCGGUGGAGACGAGCGGCCGCAAGCUCCUGCACCUCAACAUGCACACGCCCGGGCCGUCGGCUCCGGGCGCGCCGCCCACCUCUACCACCAUAGACGGUCGUCUCUCACGGCUAGUGGUGCGCCUGGCCGGCCUGGCCACCAGCGUGGCCCAGCUCGAGGAGACGGGCCGCGAGCUGGAGCGCUCCGCCGAGAACACCAGCAGCGACCAGAACCUGUCGCGGCUCGCCUCGCACGUCAUCAGCCUGCAGCACCGGCAGAAGCAGAAGCUGCAGGAGCUGUCGCACAGCGUCACCGAGCGCCUGACCGUGCUGAAGGCCCACCUGCGCGACCUCACCAUGGAGGUGCAGCAGCUGCGGGGCCUGGCGACGGCGCAGGACGGCUCGCACGAGCAGCGCGGACCCAUCGAGCGCAUCGUCUCCUUCUUCCGCGCCUUCGAGCGGCAGUCGGACCCGGAGCUGCGUCAGGUCCCCAUGGCCAUCCUGCAGAAGGCCAACUACACCAUUAUCGACAUGGUGAGCUUCCAUGCGAACUCCGCCGAUCUCGACAAGCUGCUCUCCAUCAAGAUCAUCGAGCCCAAACUGUAAAGAAUAUACUUCACCUUACACGUCUUCUGUUUGAAUUGUGCCACAUAUGGUAAACGUUCAUUUUGACUCAUGCUGCAAAUAGGGCACACAACUAAUAGCUAUGUAGAUGCAUUACAAAUGCAUUCCAUGUAUUGCACAAGGCUACAUAUAUAUCGCAAUAUCCUUUUCGUUCUACCGAUUUGCUACAUACUAGUUUAGCCUGCAAUAUGCGUUGUAUACCUGUGUAUUUAUCAAUAAAUA